AUGAAGUGCUUCACACUACUGCUCCAGGUGCUCGCGCUCACCGUCGCUUGGCUUUCAUCAUGUCUCAUUGUCGGCUCCGAGAUGCCAGUCGCCGUACAAGAAGGCGACCAAGGAAUCCAACACCUCUGGGAAAAGGCACGUGACGGGGCCUUCGUCACCACUCUUCCAGAUCGAUUACGCAUUCCCUUGAAAAGAACCCAAAUUGCCUGGACCAACUUUUUGGGAAGGUCUGGAAAGAAACUUAUUGAAAACAUCUAUACAGCGGUAAUCGAUAAAGAUUACGGUAGAAAGAAGUAUCUCCAAUUGGUUGGGUUCACACAAAGAGGACCGUACAAGUUCGAACGCGACAAAUUUGAAGUGGAACAACAACUUGAAAUGAAACGAAGAGUUGCGCUCUUGCUCGUUGAACAAUUUGCCGAAAGAAUGCAUCAGCAAAAGCUCCAAAUUCAAGCUGAGCAGGCACGAAAGGCACAAGAAGAAAUCGAGAAAGAUAGGGACAACUGGGGAAAAUGGUUGACUCUCGGAAGGGACGGCGGGGAAGGCUCGAGUUCUGGUUCCCGUCGAAAGUAG